AUGAUUGGUAGUGAAGCAAAUAGGACGGAUAUUUUGAUAAAAUGGAUAGAAAGGGUAAGACCUGAUGUUGUGUGUUUAGGUGAAACCCAUAUAAAUGAUGAUGUUCAAGACCAUGAAAUAGGUAUAAAUAAUUACAAGUUGGUUCGAACCAAUACAAUCAAUAACAGAACUGGAGGAGUGAUAACUUACAUAACAAAAAGUAUUGAAUUUAAACUAAUAAUGAAUAAUGUAAAAAUAUGUGAAGGGACAUGGCUUAAUAUCUGUCAGUUAAAAUCUAAAGAGAAAAUAUUAAUAGUAAAUUUAUAUCGCUCCCCUAGUAGUAAUAUUAGUGACUUUUGUUCAAAUAUAGAAAAUUUCCUAAACAUUGAUAAUAUCAUUGAUAGAAGUAAAUUAAUUAUUGUCGGUGAUUUCAAUGUUGAUAUAAUGAAAGAAAAUUAUUAUAGCAAAAAAAUCAUCAACAGACUAGCAUCAUUAGGUCUUAAACAAAACAUUAAAUCUCCCACUAGAGCAACUUUAAAUUCAGAUACAAUUAUCGAUUCAUUAUUUAGUAAUUUUAAAUGUAAAACGGAA